AUGGAUCCGCAUUCACGGCGUUCCCAGUUCAACCACAGAGCCCCCAAGGUGGGCCCACCAUCCAGAAACAUUGAAACUCCUCCUCCCAAGCACUCAGAGCAGCCGAAGAUGCCUCCCAAAAAGUCCAGGUCGAGCACACCAACCACUGCGACCGCGAGCUUCCUCGUUCGACGCCCCAUCGCCACAAAUUCACGCGUAAAACAGGACGAGGUAUUCAAGAGGGAUAUGUAUCUCUCGUUCGUAACAAACGCACUGGAGCAAAAGGCCACCGGUGUAGCCGAUUCCUUCGACGAACUUGUCGCCCAAUUCAAUCUAUUCUCGUCGUCGUCGUCGUCGUCAUCGAGUACCUCUAAACGGUCUCCGAUGCCUAACCAGCAAGGCCAUUCCCCUGUUGAUGCGGCACAGAUCCGUCUGUGGCUGGUUGCACUGUCGCACGUUGUUUCUCGAUUAGAGAGAACGCAUGCCGCACUCGUGGAUGCCAUUGUAAAUAUGCCAUGGAUGACCCUCGAUAAUGCGACAGUGAAGUCAUACACGGUCUUCAUUGGGAUGUUGCUUAGCGCACGACCAGAAUACCUAUCCCUUGUGCUGGCCAAAAUCGCAGCAGGAUUUACGUAUCAAUCCGGAAUACAAGCUCUCGACUUUAGCAUGCCCUCAACCUCCAGUUCUCCGGCGACAAGACGAGUGGUUUAUGACCGAUUGCAUUACCUCCUCCAACACCUCCUCUCUCUCAUACCCACCCUUCCAUCGACACUACAGUCCCUUCUCAUACGCAAUUUCCCUCAUAAGAGGCAAAAUCAGAUUGCUCAGACGACAUACAUUCGAAAUCUCCUCCGAUUAUCUGGUUACUGUCCAGAACUGUCCGAUAGGAUCCUUGCCACAAUAGUAGACCAGGCCAUCCAGAUCGACGUCGAGAUCCAGAUAGAAAUAGAAGAGCUAGAAGAAGAAAAUCUUAACGAUCAUGACGUAUUCGAGAUCGACCCUUUCGACGUUGUUAUUGGUCAAGAAGUCGGUUCUUCGGUUGAUGAUUCUGAUUCUGAUACAGACGAUGAGGACGACACGUUUAGUGAUUUGUCCUCAGAAGCCGAUCUUAACGAAUUCGAACAACACGUCGAAGUGCCUACAAACGUUAGACAUAUCCAGGAGAUGGUGAAGAAACUUGACGCAAUUCUGAUGUUACUUUUCGAACACUUUGAACGGACGAAAGUGAUCAGUGCGGGCAAGAACGAUCUUGAAAAGAAUGAGGGGGCAAGGCCACUGUCUCCGUUAGAUCUACCACCUCUACCACCUCUAGAAGCGGCAGACUCAUCAAGCUUGAACACUCCUCUCGCACCUUCAGUCCCUCCCUUUGUAUAUCCCCCGUUCCCUUCUGCAAACUCGUCUCCAUCGACUCUGGAAUCUCUGUCAUCUACUACUACCUCGACAGCCACGACUAAAUGCAUGAACAAAUCGCCUCUCCGUUCACAAUUCCACUCCCUCCUUUCCAUUUUCGACCGAACAAUUCUCCGCACCUUCAAGUCGCGAUACACCCAGUUUCUCGUCUUCUGGUAUACCUCUCUCGACCCCGAAUUCGCGGACGUUUUCCAGGGCAUGCUCGUCGAUCGUGCCCUCAUGUCUAGCCCUGCUCCCGUUGCUCCUCCACCGCAACCUAAUGGACACCCAAGCAACUCGACGACGACGAACGGGAUGCACACCCCGUCACAUGCGAUGACGUCUGAACUUACUCGUGCUGCUGCUGCGUCGUACAUCGGCAGCUUCGUCAGCCGAGCCAAAUUUGUUGACAAAGACGGCACGCGGAGAGUCGUCGGCGUAUUGUGUGAGUAUCUCCGCGCACACCUUGAGGGCGUCGAGGCUGCUCUCCGUGUCGGGUUCGGUUCCAUCACGAAGACAAACGCUGCGAUCGGUGCUAUACUUGCAUCGGGCCAGCACACAGUGUUUUAUGCCAUUGCGCAGGCAGUUUUCCUGAUCUUCUGCUUCCGAUGGCGCGAUCUCGUUCUGGACGACGAAGUUGGUGAUGAACUUGAGCUGAACCUGUCAUUUGGUAGCGUUGGGGGCCUUCUACGCGGAGGCAAGACGAACAAGGUUCCAAGCAAGGAUAAGUGGAUGCCUGAGUUAGCUGUUAUAAAGAGGGCUGUAGUCAGUGUUCUGAAUCCUCUCAAGGUCUGCUCUGCAAACGUCGUGAUGCAAUUUGCUCGGGUGGCCCAGGCGACUGACUUCGUCUACUGUUAUACCAUCCUCGAUGCUAAUAAGCGCUCCGACCCCACAACGUCACCUUCAUGGGGUGUUGCUGCGGAUACUUCAGCAGCCAUCUUGAACCCCACGGUUUUAUGCGAUUCCACAAACGCCGAGCUUAACACGUUCUUCCCUUUUGACCCAUACCGGCUUCCCAAGUCCAACGUCUUCAUACAGAGCGUGUAUCGGGAAUGGUCGUCUGUAGCUAUUGACGACGACGACGAAGAAGAAGAAGAAGAAGACGAAAACGAUGUAGUGCCCGCGGACUUCCUUCCCAGAGGCACGGUAUCAGGUCACCUUGAUAUCCCACGAAGCAGGGCCGCCGCAGAGAACAAUGAUGACGGUGGGUUGGGAGAAUCCUUGGUGGCGAUGAGUAUAAGUCCGGCUCGUAUGACCAUUUCUGUCAGUGCACGCGGUUAA